AAGGCCACACAAGCCUCUCCCUGCAACUGAAGGAUAUUGAAAAAAAAUGUAGAACAGAGCAUGGAAGCUCUGAGUUGACAAAAGGACUGGCAAAAAUGCUUCCAAAAAGCAUUGAGCAGGACAAAGAACUCAAACAACUGCGAACUCUCAGAGUUGCUACGAUGGAUCAACACCAGCGGUUCAAAGAUGAAAUUGAAGAGAAAAACCAGAUGAUUGGCGAUCUGAGGUGAGUCCUAAUUGUAGUCUGAUAUACUUUAAGAAGCAUUGUCCCA